CUCGACUACUUGAAUGUGUGAGGAAAAAAACUGACCAGUCCUAAAGAAUGAUCUAUACCACGAUGGACGCGGGAACGUUACUUUGCCGCUCAUUGCUGCUGGCUUUACUUGUAUUCUCGGUGACCCGAGAGGCGCGAGGAUUGCUGUGUUAUUGUGAGCGAUGUGUGAAUCGGACAUGUAACACAACCGGCCUGUGUUAUGCGGUCGUCACAAAGUCUGCCGGACAGAUCGUAAUACAGGAGGGUCAGUGCAUUCAGCAAGAUCAACUUUACCCACCGGACAGGCCUUUCCAGUGCGCCUCUUCCAACAACGGCCUGCAUCCGUACUGCUGUGACACUCACAUGUGCAACAAGAACCCAAAAGUCAGCCCAGAGUUGCCUGAUACUGAACCCCAGUCUCUGAGUCCUGUAGCCUUGGCCGCAGUGAUUGCCGUCCCCAUCUGCGUGCUGAGCUUCAUGCUGGUGCUUCUCUUCUACAUGUGCCAUAAUCGCUCCAUCAACCACCAUCGUGUGCCAAGUGAGGAAGACCCCACUAUGAACCACCCAUUCCUCGCUAACGGCACGACGCUAAAGGACCUCAUUUAUGACAUGACCACUUCUGGAUCAGGCUCAGGUUUACCACUGCUAGUGCAAAGGACCAUCGCCAGAACCAUCAUUCUCCAGGAGAGCAUAGGGAAGGGUCGAUUUGGAGAGGUGUGGAGGGGCCGCUGGCGUGGAGAAGAGGUGGCAGUAAAGAUCUUCUCCUCCAGAGAGGAGCGCUCUUGGUUCCGUGAGGCGGAGAUUUACCAGACUGUCAUGCUUCGUCAUGAGAACAUCCUGGGCUUUAUUGCUGCAGACAACAAAGAUAACGGCACGUGGACUCAGCUGUGGCUGGUUUCUGAUUACCAUGAGCACGGCUCCUUGUUUGACUACCUGAACAGGUACACGGUCACAGUGGAGGGCAUGAUCAAGCUGUCUCUCUCCGCUGCCAGCGGUCUCGCUCAUCUGCAUAUGGAGAUUGUGGGCACUCAGGGUAAGCCUGCCAUUGCCCAUCGUGAUCUGAAAUCUAAAAACAUCUUAGUGAAGAAGAAUGGUACCUGCUGCAUCGCUGACCUUGGAUUGGCUGUGCGCCACGACUCAGCCACAGACACCAUUGACAUUGCACCCAACCACAGAGUGGGCACUAAAAGGUAUAUGGCCCCUGAGGUGCUGGAUGACUCCAUUAACAUGAAGCACUUUGAGUCUUUUAAAAGGGCAGACAUCUAUGCCUUGGGUCUGGUGUUCUGGGAGAUUGCUCGCAGGUGUUCAAUUGGAGGCAUCCAUGAGGACUACCAGCUCCCCUACUAUGACCUUGUACCAUCUGAUCCAUCAGUAGAGGAUAUGAAGCGUGUAGUUUGUGACCAAAAGCUUCGUGCCAACAUCCCUAACAGGUGGCAGAGCUGCGAGGCCCUGCGUGUGAUGGCAAAGAUCAUGAGGGAAUGCUGGUACGCCAACGGUGGGGCUCGCCUCACUGCGCUGCGCGUGAAGAAGUCGCUAUCCCAGCUGUGUCAACAAGAGGGCAUCAAGAUAUAGAGCAACAACUCAUCAUCUUUACACUGCCUAUCCACUCCCUCCACUCAUCUAGAGGGGUGAGCGAGGGUACUACAUCCUCUGUGGAGGUUUACCUUAAUCAGGGAUAUCGAGGGACCCGAAGCAAUUGGUGCUGUUCCCUGUUGUCCAUGAAAAGAUAUGUCCUCAUCAUGCAAAACCAUCUCAAACAACCUUAACCAGGAGUCAGUCACCCAUGCUUCAACUGGUGAGUCACCAAACUAACAACAGACAGCCAUUCGGUGUCAUUGAUGUGCUUUGCUGGACUUGAGCCUUUAUGGACUUAUUUCUGUAUAUAGCCUGUUGUCUUACAUAUGUGACUGGACUUGCUUGUGUUUAUUUGUAUGCUCAAAUAUUGACAGGUAUACGUACACAGAGCCACACACUAUGUAUAUGUAGUCCGUGCUGUGUUUAUUUAUUUAUUUUUGUCCCAGAAAGUGCCACUGCUUUGAAUCAGUC